AUGUGAAAAAUAUAUAGCCUUUUUAAAUUAAACUUCAUACAUUUUCACUCCGUCAAUCAUCAAGUUUCAGUUUGAUUGCUAAAUGAUCAUAUGCAAUACUACUUCCCAUAUAAGGACAUCCUGGAUGUUGAUUGUCAUAAUUUUAGCUGUGACUUAGUGAUCUCUAUCUAACGUGCUCUGUGAGGAGUUUCAGUGUCAAGAGACAGUAUAAGAGGCCUGUGACUGACGUUGCAAGUCAGUCACAUUUCAACCUUCUUCACCCCGAGGGCUGACUGUAUCUAGUCAUAGCCUGCUGCUACUACUACCAUUACUACUACUGCUGUAAAGCCAUGAAGACUGUCGCUCUCCUCUUCUCCUUUGCAUUUGUGCUGGUCUUCACUGCGCCCACUAAGACAUCUGAUGAGACUCAUCUAUUGCGUAUGAUCAUCGACGAGGUUAACAAGAUCCUCAAAGGAGGUCUGGAGUUUCAGGCCCUUUUGGACAGUCUAGUGCCGGCGGGAUUCGAUCAAGAUCGCUGCAGGGCAAACGGGCCUAAAGAUUUCUGCAUAGCUGAGACUAUUCUGUCUGCCAUAAGCCAUACGAGGCACAGGAUUCCAUUUAACAACAUAUCUAAAAUCAGUAGAGUGCUGAAGCAGUACAAUAAGUUUCAUCCAACCAACUGCAAUGUGAAGGAGAACGGUGAUGAGGAACAGCUCCACGAUCUCCUGACAAACCUUGUCAACUGUGCCAAGGUCAUCUACUCUCGUCCCCCUCCCUGCCGGUCUUCACAAACAACCCUAGAGCUUUGCUGAGAGGACUGAUGGAAACUCUGUCAACUCUGCAUAGUCCAGUACCUCGUAUUGUUAUUUAUUGUAUUAUUUAAAUGUAUUAUGACAGUUAUUUUUGUACUAUUUAUGAAUAAAUUAACUUGUAAA